AUGGCCGGUCGUUUCCCAAACCUCUCGGUUCGAACGGUGCAGAAGAUCGGAGAAGAGGACCAGCACCCUCACCGUUCACUAGGCCAUGUUCGCUUGCGCCAUCACGAGACCAACGAGGUGAUCUUGGUGCCUACCCCCUCGGACGACCCCAAUGAUCCGCUGCGAUGGUCUACCUCGUACAAGAUUUACAUCGCCAUCCUCGUCUCCCUUGCCAUGGUGAUGUGUAACUUCAUGUCGGCGGGCCCGACCGUUGCCAUGGUGGACGUCGCUGCCGACUUUAACACCAGUGUAUCUCGCGCGGCCUACUUCUUUAACAACAGCGCUCUGCUGCAGGGGGUAUCCAACUUGAUCUGGGUCCCUCUUCUGAACAAGUAUGGACGGAGGCCCAUCUAUCUUGCGGCGUACCUGCUCUAUUUCUUUAUGAUCCUGGGAGCAGGGUUGGCCACGACCUAUGCCGGCGAACUCACCACCCGCACGAUAUUGGGGGUGGGUGCUGGUGCUGGUGAGUGUCUGGCACCGGUCACGAUCGCCGACGUCUUCUAUCUCCACCAGCGGGGAUAUGGUAUGGCCAUCUACAAUUCCGCAUUGAGUGCCGGCGUCUCCUUCGGGAUUAUCAUUUCCGGCUUGGUCACGAUCAAUCACUCCUGGCGCGCCAUCUACUGGGUGGGCUGUGGCUUGGUCGGUGGCCUUCUUAUCAUCGUCGUUUUCUUCUUCCCCGAGACCGCCUUCCCAAGAUCCACCAACCCGGACGAUGUUCUAGGCGCCCAGAAGCAUGCCGAGCAUGUCGAAUCCAGGGGAUCGGAGGUCCUCCAGCGGAAGCAGGGCUACCUGCAAAGUCUGCGUUUCUGGUCAGGACAGACGUACACGGAUGAAUCGCUUUGGCGCAUGUUCAUCCGCCCCUUCGGGCUCAUUCUGCUUCCCCCCAUCUUCUGGGCUACCAUUGUCAUGUCCGUGACCAUCGGCUUCCUGGUGGCGGUCACGUCGAACUUCGCGAGCGCUUUCAGCGAAGUGUAUGGAUUUGCUGCCUGGCAGAGCGGCCUGUGCUUCAUCGCCGGCAUGCUGGGCUGCUUCCUGGGGACUUUUGCCGGCGGGCCGUUUUCCGACUGGGUGGCCGAUGCGCUCACCAAGCGCAACGGAGGCAUUCGCGAACCGGAGAUGCGCCUGCCCGCCAUUAUCCCCAGUGUCAUUGCAGCCCCACUGGCUCUGCUGUUGUACGGUUUCGGUAUUGGGCGCGGCUGGCAUUGGAUCGUGCCCACGAUCGGACUGGGGCUGUUGUCCUUUGCCAUCAGUCAGGGAACCAACGUCUCCUUCGUCUAUUGCAUCGACUGUUACCGUCCGGUGGCCGGUGAGGUUGCCGUCACCCAGCUGGCGUUCAAAUCCUGCUUUGGGUUUCUGCUGUCCUUCUAUACCAACCCGUGGAUCGAUGAAUCCGGGUAUGAGGCCGCCUUUGGCGCCAUGGCCGGCAUCUCCGGUGGUUGCCUGCUGUUUUUCAUCCCCUUGUAUUUGUGGGGAAAGCCCAUCCGGAUGGCAUCAAUAAAGUGGCCGUUCGUCCAGUUUGUCUUCUGGAAGGAUGAUCGGGAGGUGGGGGAGUGA